CCCCCCCUGAGCCCUCCAUCCCCCCGUUCCCACCCGCAGUCCCCGAAGGAGCCGGAGCAGCUGCGGAAGCUCUUCAUCGGCGGCCUGAGCUUCGAGACCACGGACGAGAGCCUGCGCAGCCACUUCGAGCAGUGGGGCACGCUGACCGACUGUGUGGUGAUGCGGGACCCCAACACGAAGCGCUCGCGGGGCUUUGGCUUUGUCACCUACUCGUCGGUGGAGGAGGUGGACGCCGCCAUGAACGCGCGGCCACACAAAGUGGACGGCAGGGUGGUGGAACCCAAACGGGCCGUGUCCCGAGAGGACUCGCAGCGGCCCGGGGCACACCUGACGGUGAAGAAGAUUUUCGUGGGGGGCAUCAAGGAGGACACGGAGGAGCAUCACCUGCGCGAGUACUUCGGGCAGUACGGCAAGAUCGAGGUCAUCGAGAUCAUGACCGACCGCGGCAGCGGCAAAAAGCGCGGCUUCGCCUUCGUCACCUUCGACGACCACGACUCGGUGGACAAAAUCGUCAGUGAGUGCUGGGGAGGGGUCAGUGUGGGCCCUCCCCCACCCCUGCCAGGCCGCAGCGGCUCCGGAAACUUCGGCGGUGGCGGCGGCCGCGGUGGCUUCGGGGGAGGUGACAACUUCAGCCGCGGGGGCAACUUCGGGGGACGCGGGUACGGGGGCGGCGGCGGUCCCGGGUACUCGGGCGGGAGCCGCGGUUACGGCGGCAGCGGAUCCUACGACGGUUACAACGGCGGCGGCGGCGGCUUCGGGGGCAGCGGGGGCCGGCGGCCGGCACGGGGACCCGCCCUGGCCGUGCGCAACGGGCUGGCCGAGGCGGGCACAGGCAGUAAUUUUGGGGGCGGGGGCAGCUACAACGACUUUGGCAGCUACAACAACCAGGCCUCGAGCUUCGGGCCCAUGAAGG